AGCGCCGCGGCUGCCGGGACGAGCAGAGCAGAGCAGAGCAGAGCAAAGCAGAGGAGAGCAGAACAGAACAGAGCAGGGCAGAGCAGAACAGAGCAGAACAGAACAGAGCAGGGCAGAGCAGAACAGAGCAGAACAGAGCAGAGCAGGGCACAGCAGGGCAGAGCAGAACAGAGCAGAACAGAGCAGGGCAGAGCAGGGCACAGCAGAACAGAGCAGAGCAGGGCACAGCAGAACAGGGCACAGCAGGGCACAGCAGAACAGAGCAGAGCAGGGCACAGCAGAGCAGAGCAGGGCACAGCAGGGCACAGCAGGGCACAGCAGAGCAGGGCAGAGCAGAGCAGCGCAGAGCAGAGCAGCGCCCUCCGCCUCCUGCAGCCGCCAGCAUGGACCUCCGCGCCCUGGCAAUGCUCGCCCUCGCCCUGGCCGUCAUCUCCCUCUCGGAGGAGAAACCCGUCAGCCUGACUUACCGAUGUCCCUGUCGAUUCUACGAGAGCAACGUGGCAAGAGCCAAUAUUAAGCACCUCAAAAUCCUCUCCACACCCAACUGCUCACUUCAGAUUGUUGCAAGGCUCAAGAGCAACAGCAAGCAAGUGUGCAUUGAUCCCAAGUUAAAGUGGAUCCAGGAAUAUCUGGAGAAAGCUUUAAACAAACCACGUCAUCGCACUCAUAAAAAAAAGCAACAGAAGAAACGGGGCCCACGCUGCCCUUCCCGUGCAACACCACUAAAGUCUCCAGGGAGAAAGAAUGGAGGUUCAAGAUGUAAGAGGCAAGCAUUGUAAGCCGUCUACAGGAUUUCUUACUGUAGGACCCAGAGAGCAGAUAACCAGUAUUAGGGAAUGAAUACAUUUCACUGCUAACAUGCAGCACAAAAGCAACGCUUCACGCUUUUCCAAAGGUUUUUUCUUGGUUAUUUUUGGUGGUUUGUUUUUUUGUUUUGUUUUGGUUUUUUUUUUUUUUUUUGUUUUUUAGUUUUUUUUCCCCUUGCACAAAUUGGCUUGCUUUCACAGUGCUAUUUUUAUAUAGUAAGAUGUAACUACUUGAGAAAAAUAUGAUUUUAUACAGGUUGGUUUAUUACCUAGCACUGGGAGCAGAUACCAAUUUAAACUAACCCUGUUAUUAUAUAAUAUUUUAUUUUCUUUGUUGUGUAGAGGUCCUGCUUUAUUUAACUUUCUUUUGGUUCAUGCAAGUCUCCUGGAGUUUUAAACCUAGAAGGACAUGAACUGUACAGUGCAAUGAUGUUGUGUAAGUAGUGGUGGAACUCCUUGCCUCCAGAAGUCAUAGAGGCCAAGAACAUAGGAAGGCUCAAAAGCAUCAGACUGAUGACAGUGGACAACAUUACCCUGAGUGGCAUUUGCAGAUAUUUUGGGUGAGUGAUUAAACUCAGGGCUACAGGGCUAAAGCCCUUCUCUGAAGAUCAGAAACCUUGCUGACAGCUGUGAGCAGCUGGAUCAAUGCACAUCUGGCAUUGCAAGGUGCUAACACUUGGUUUGUAGUAGCUGUGUGUGUUUGGAGCCACAACACAGUUCUGAUGUCACCUGGCAUUUCCUAUGUUCCUGUGUUUCUGAUGAGAAAUUUAGCAAAAAAACCCAAAAAGGAAUGGGCUAUCCAAGCUGUAACCACACAAUCAUGUUGCAAGUUGCUGGAGGAGUCAGAUUCUCUGCCAUGCACCAGGGAUCUCCUGCCACCCAUCCUCAGGAGGUGACUGCAGCUUGCCUGUCUGGCUUUGCACUGAAGGAGGCUGAGAUUCCUUCACCAGCUACUGAACAGUCAUACCUGCCUGAGGGCAGUCACACCCCUGGUUGCUCUGGAGAUACCCAGAAAAGGACAUGUGGCCACAUCUUGGAGAAGAGAGAUGCCUGGGGCGAGAGAGGGGCUGUGCAGUUUGUGGAAGGAGAGGGGUGGAAAUGAAGGGCAACAGCCACAGUUCCCCAGCCAUCCUGGGUUUGCUGGUGAAUAGACAGCCUCUGGAAUUCCCUUUGCAAAGCACAGCCUGGGACAGGCACCACUCCUUGCACCAAUCCCCUCUCCAAGCCAGAACUUUCUUUCUCCUUAUUCCUUCCUGUGUACACAAUAUCUGCCAUAUGGUAUGGAAAGACACCUGCAGCACUGCAAUAAUCAUGUCAUGCUGUGCACUGAGAUCUGGGGGGAAGCACAUUUGUGCAGCACAAUGCUUGUGUUUGUAUGUAUCUGUGUUUGUAUUGUAAACAAAAAAUGUUGUAUGAUUGUCUUUUUUUGAGCUGGUUGAUUCAAAAGAAAUCUUCCCUCUUCCCUGCAGCCUGUGUCAGGAGCACUGAGAGGGGUGUUUCACACUCCUUUUUGUGGUAGGCAUCUUUAGUGCCAAAGAGGCAAUUUGGCUAUCCAGGGACUGCAUUAUUUCCAUGUGGAUUCAGGUUAAAGUCUUGUAUUUUCCUUUCUGCAAAACAGGGCUAUUGCAGAGAGGCCUUCAGCUGGGAGUACCUCACCUCAUUUGCUUCAAAGCAGAAACAAACUGCUGUGCCUAAAAUAUUUGUGUUUAUGAUUUUGACAUUCCUUCUCUUGUUAUCAUUACUAGCCUGGUGCUUUAAGUAUAUUGUGUCUCUGUUUUGAAAGGUCUGGUACCACUGUACUUGAUGAGAAUGGGAGUUUUGAUUUAAUAUUAGUACAGCAGAUGCUCUGCUGGAAGGGGAAAGAAAGAAAUUUUAUGAGAAAACCAGAGUUUCUUCUAUGUUCCCUGGACUAUAUUUGAUAUCCUAGGCUCCAUUUCCUGUCCAACACAUGAACCUGCAUUUGCCAGAGGUGAGCAUGUGAGUGUCCAAGCCAAGAAUGACUGCAGAAAAGGUCACCCAGGGAAGUGCACUCUUCACACAUAGCUCCUAUCAGAGGACAGCUUGAGGUCUGAUUGAUUCCCAUUGCAGUGAAAGCAGAAUUAAACAAUCCCCUGAUUUAGAUUCAGCAGCAUGCCUUGCUCAUGAUGACAGGGCCAUGACCCAUUUGUUUCCUUGGCACUGUGGUGAGAAGGUGGGUAGGUACAGCUCUGCUGCAGUCCUCAUUAGCAGGGAGUGCAUGUGGGGUCAGCAGCAGCAGGGCAGGUCCCUGGGAACAUGCCAGCCCCACAUUACAGCCUGGGCAGGCACAGCUUUGACAGCAGCACUGGGAUGGGCAGUGCUGAUCACCCUGGCCAAGCCCAGGCACCAGCUCUGGACAGUAUAGCAGGGAGUGGAGGCACUGCAGGGAAGGAAAGGGGGCUCCUGUCAGCUUCUCCUCUGGGGGCUGCAGGGGCAGGCUGUGCUAAAGCAAGAGCAUUUGUUCCUGGGAGAGAUGCACGAGCAGCAGCAGGAGGAACAUGCAUCCAUCCAAGGCAGGGACCAUUUACAGCCUGGUGUUGGUCUGGCUGCACUGCAACCCACACAGAGACCUCUGUGCUGGUGAUGCUUCACUUCUCCUGUGUCUGAGACCCAUCAGGGCUUGGGCUGCUCUCAGGGGCCAGCACUGUGACCCUCCCUCUCCUGGGGAGGGUUGAGCACAGCCUGGAUGCAGAGGUGACACAGACCUGGCCAGAGACUUAAGGGAGAACCUUUUAAAAGCUUUCUCUUGCUUUGGACCAAAAUUCAGCCCUGAGUGGGAAGCUUUGCUGUUAGCCUGACGUUAUUUGGAUGAUGCACUGGGAGAGCAGCCAUGCCCUCUGCAGCAGAGGGACCCAUCACUGGGCUGCCCCACUGCACCACAGGUUUGUGCUGCUCAUGCCACCACCAGAGCAGGCUGAGAAGCAGCACUGGCAGCAUCUCACCUGGGGACAGCACUUGGUUUUCCCUCCUGCCUUCAACUGUUGACCAAAGACAGAGUCAGGGAAAAGGAAGAGUGAGAUGGGAGUGGGGUAGGGACCACAUGUGAAGAGGAGGGAAAAGAGAGAACACUGAACCAUGCUGAAAAAGCAGCUUCCAUGAAUGUGAAAUCAUCAUGUGGGUAUUUUCAACGUGCAGCUGUCAAAUCCCAGUUUUAAGAGUAGAUGGUAUUUAUUGCUGUGUCCAUUUUUUAUUUAUAUUAGCUUUAUUCUUGUAUGUAUUAAUAUCUUAUCUGAAUUCUGCCUGAGGAAGAAUGAAAUGAAGGGUGACUUUGAUGUGUUCUUGAUUAAGGUGUUUGAGCAAAGGUGACUGUUUAUUUUGCAAUGAAAGCUUUUUCCAAGUUAAAUAUACACAUUUUGUUGAAAAUGCAGCUCCUAUAGAAGUUUUUGUUGCCAUUUUCCUUUUAUUAGCCUCUAGAAGGUCCUUUUCUCUGGCAACUUGUUUUAAGUGAUGUGAUUUAUAGCAGUCAAGGUUUUUUGUGAACUCACCAUCUAAAAUUUGAUUAUUUUUUCUUUAUCAACAUCCCACCAAGAUAAUCCUUGUCUGAAAACAUGAAACUUUGGUUGCCACAGAGAAGAAAAUAUGUAUCAUGAUAAAAGGGCUGCAUGAACCUCCCAUCUUCCAUUCCUUAAGAACUCUGUGUUGUCAGAAUGUGGUAAAUACUGUACUUUAUAUUUUUAUUAAGUAAAAGAAGUAUCUUCCCAAAUAAUGUGAAAAGGGUUUUGUAUCUGUGUUCCUGUAAGGCAGCUUUAAUGGAGGAGUUAUAUUAUGCUUUUGAAAUUACUCCUUUCAUAGGAAAUUUUGAAAAUAAACACUUUUAUAUUGUUGUAAUUUCUCACAUAAAUGUGUAUGCACUUAAAAUUUUCUUAAUAAAAAUGUAUAUCUGGAUAAAGUU